CCCCCCCCCCCCCCCCCCCCCCCCCCCAUAUCGCAUUUCCAUUCCCAGCUCCAUCCUGCAAGCUAGUCCUUCUGCAAAGGUCUCUGUCUUGCGCCAUCGUAGUAGCCGUCAUGUCCCACGCUGCAGCCUGUCUCGCCGGCCGAUCCCUCCGUCGUGCCGUGUCCCAACUCCGCCAGCAGACCCGCACACUCUCAACUUGCAGAGCAGCGAGUCCGUGGACUGCUUCCUUUCGCUUUGGCAGCUACCCAACAGCAUUGUGUGCUUUUCCCGCAAGCGCAAGGCCUAUUGGCUUGCGCUUCCAUGGAAACCAAGCAACGGCAACCGCAGCGGCACCUGUGGAAACUGGGAACCCAAUGCUCCGCGUUACACUGAGCUUCAAAAUCGAAGACCGGGCAGGGGCACUGGAAGAGGUUCUUCGGCAGCUUAGCAAACUCAACGUAUCGUUGUCGCGCAUCGAAUCGCGACCCAGCCAAACUCGCGACUUUUACGAGAUCUUCGUUGACUUCAACGCGGGAGAGGAGGCGCAAAUCGAGAGGGUAUCGACACAGCUGCAGAAAGUCGUGAAGGAGCUGCGUGUCGUGAGCAGCGGUGACACUGAUCGAGUCACACUGCAGAAGACUCCAUGGUUCCCACGGAAGAAAUCCGACAUGGACACUUUCGCCGAGAAGGUCAUGUCCUACGGACAGGAGCUUGACGCUGAUCAUCCUGGGUUCAAAGACCCAGUAUACAGGGAACGCCGUGCGGAGAUUACGCGGAUCGCACGGACAUACAAAUACGGCGAGGCCGUGCCUCGAAUCCAGUACACCGAGCAGGAGACCAAGACAUGGGGUAUCGUCUACAAGAAGCUCACGGCUCUGUACAAGACACACGCGUGCCGGGAACAUCAAUAUGUUCUUCCAUUACUGGAACACAAUUGUGGAUACGCCCCGGACAACAUCCCUCAGGUAGAGGAUGUGUCGAGGUUCAUGAAGGAGUCGACUGGGUGGACACUGCGGCCCGUUAUGGGUCUUCUGUCAUCCCGUGACUUCUUGAACGCCUUGGCGUUCCGCGUCUUCCACAGCACACAAUACAUCCGUCACCAUUCCGAACCUUUGUACACGCCGGAGCCGGACCUGUGCCAUGAGCUGCUUGGUCACGUUCCGCUCUAUGCUGACCCAGACUUUGCCGAUUUCUCGCAGGAAAUCGGCUUGGCAUCUCUGGGAGCGUCAGACGAGGCUAUCGAGAAGCUUGCAACGAUCUACUGGUUCACCGUGGAGUUUGGACUGUGCCGGCAAGGCAAUGAGAUCAAAGCGUAUGGCGCAGGUUUACUCUCCAGUUUCGGGGAGUUGGAGUACUGUUUGAGCGACAAGCCAAAGAAGGUGCCUUUUGACCCCAAGGUCGCCGCUGUGCAGAAAUACCCAAUCACCGAGUACCAACCAUUGUACUUUGUGGCCGAGAGUUUCAAGGACAUGAAAGAGCAAGUCAGGGACUACGCAACCGAUUCGAUCGACAGACCAUUUGUGCCGCGAUACAACGCAUUAACCGAGUCCAUUGAGGUUCUUGACACAAAGGAUAAGACGGUCCGUCACGCGCAGAACAUCAAGGGCGAAUUGACUCGUCUCAUCUCGGCCGUGGAGAAACUUCACCUCUGAAGAAUUCUGUAUGUCGACUCUGGCUGAGAUACCUUGUGGAGCAGAGACUGGUUGGGUGGACCGUCUCAAUGCCCAAUGGGUUUGUUUACAUGUUCCUUGCACGAUCAUUUUGGAUGCUGGGCCUUUUCACGCCGCACGAAAAUGCAUUAUCAUUGCAUUACUUCAUUCGAUUUGACCCAUGAGGGUAGCACGCAAGUGUAUGAGGUAGCGUAGCUCGCGACAUGGACAUAGAGUAGCCUGCAUAGCGUAGGGACUCCUGUGUUUGUGGUGAUGGACGAAUAUAUUUUAUUCUGUAGCAC